AGGAACUCAAGCGCUCCCGCCACCCCGUUACCGGUGUCUUGAUAGCCACGGUAGCCAAACUACAGAAGAAGUCGUUCCCGCGUUUAAUAUCUUGAACCGAAAGAGCACGCUGUUUCGUUACUGGCACAUUUAAGGCGAACAAUUCGAACAUGUCCAAAAGGAAAAGAAGCCCCUUGACUUCCGCUGCCAAAAGACACGCACUUGUCGAACACGACGAAAGUGAAAAUGAUGACGAGGGCGGGAGUGAGCUUCUUGUGCAGUUGCCAAAUGCUGAUGAGGUCGCAAGCAAUAGUGGCAUCGUGGAGAGCAUCACACUGAAAAACUUCAUGUCCCACUCCUACCUCGGGCCCAUCCACUUUGGAUCCAACGUCAACUUUGUUAUUGGCCGCAAUGGAAGUGGAAAGAGCGCUAUCUUGACGGCGCUCAUCGUCUCAUUAGGCGGAAACGCACAAGCUACGAGCAGAGGAACAUCUCUGAAGAGCUUCGUCAAGAGAGGGGAAAGCUCAGCCGAUGUGUCCAUCACCCUGAACAACAAAGGGAUGAACACCUACAAACCUGAGCUGUAUGGUUCCUCCAUCAUCAUAGAUAUGAGGCUCACCCACGAUGGCGUGAGAACUUACAAGCUGAAGAGUGAAGGCGGUCAAAUAAUCUCGACGAAAAAGGAGGAGCUUGAAAGUAUUCUCAACAGUUUUAAUAUUCAGGUCAACAAUCCUUUGUCAGUUCUCAACCAAGAGAUGAGCAAGUCCUUCCUGCACGGCAAAGGAGAGGGGGAAAAAUACAGGUUUUUCAUGAAGGCCACACAACUGGACCAGAUAAAAGAUGACUUAAUUCAGAUCAAAGUCUCCAGGAAGAGUACUGAAGAGAAACUGGCAAAACUCAGUGAGUACCAGAAAGAGGUGAAGCGUAAUUACCAGGAGCAAGAAGCCCGCUACAAAAACCUGUCGUCUAUUAACGAGCUGGAAACAGAGCUGGAGGAUUUACGGAAACAGAUGGCCUGGGCUGUGAUUGGUGAGAUGGAGAAGGAGCUGGAGCCCAUCAAAACAAAGCUGCAGACUGAUAAACGAACCACAGAGAAAUACGAUGAAAAAGUGAACGAAUGGCAGGACAAGGUGAAGGAGGCUGAGAACAAGUACAAGCAGCUCCAAGAACAGCAGGAUGGCUUCAAGCGGCAGGUCCAGGAACUGCUGCCCGAAUGUAGCAAGCUCAAGGAUGAGGCGCAGAAACACAAUGCCGUCUUCAAGUCCAGCGAGAUUGCGGUCCACCGAUGCCAGGUUAGCCUGAAAGAUCUGGCGAAAGACAAGGUGCAGUUGUCUUCUAGGAUACAUGAUCUCCAGUCGAGUAUCAACCAGGCGACCGGGGCAGCGAGGAGGGCCAAGGCCGAAAACAUCCAACGUAUCCAACUCCAACUGGAAAAUCUCAACCAUUGCAUAUCCACUUUGACUCAGCAAAUUGGCCAGUAUCAGAACGCCUGCAGGCGUGUCAAGGAGGAGCACGGAAAGAUAAAGCAAGAGCAUGCCAUACAACAGAGGUCGCUGCAUGCCAGUGAACAGAACUUACGGACAAUGGAAGCAAGUCGAUCCAAUCGUCUGCGGCGCUUCGGGGAGUACAUGCCGGGGCUCCUCUACGCCAUCCAAGAGGCUCACAAAUGUGGUCAGUUCAAACAAAAGCCACGAGGACCCCUGGGCUACCUGAUCAAGCUAAAGGACCCAGAGCAGGCUCUUGCCAUCGAGGUGUGUUUGAAAAGUCUGCUGUUCGCCUUCACGUGCGACAACUACGAUGAUGAAAAAGCACUGAAAGGGAUCAUGGCAAAGGUCAUGCAGUCGGGCCGCAGGCCACCCAUUAUCACCUCCAAGUUCCUCCCAAGGGUCCAUGACACAAAAAGAAGGGCUGUGAACCACCCCAGCUAUCCGUCAGUUUUUCAAAGUCUAGAAAUUGAGGACCCGGUUGUGGCCAAUUGCCUGAUCGAUCAAAGGGGCAUCGAGAACAUUUUGCUCAUCAAGAAUCGCGCCGAGGCUCAUCGUGUGAUGAUAUCCGAAAAACCGCCCCCCAACUGCAACCUGGCAUUCUCUGUCGAAGGCGACAUGAUCUUCACCAACCGCUCCUACUCCUCCGACCAAACACGAGCCAAGUUCCUCACGGGGGAUGUUGAGAAGGAGAUCAUACACAUUACAAGAGAGCUAGAGAACCAAAGAGCUAAGGCGUUGGACUUGCAACAGCAAAUGAAGAAGAUGGAGGAGGACAUCAAACAAAACGAGGGGCUGGAAAAGGGCGCCCAUGCUGAAAUGAAGAUUGCCAAUGACAAAGUCAAAAGGUAUCAACUGGAGCUGUCCGACCUCCAAAAUAUGGAGGAGCCUCAGUUGGAGGACCUCAAGCAACUGGAGGAUGAACUUCAGGAGAUGACUGAAAAGAUUUCGACCAAAAAGAACGAAUGGGAAGAUGAGCGAGCCAGCAUGUCAGUAUUCAAGGUCAACUACAAGCGGGCAGAGCAGGAAUACCAGCAGCACAAGGAGAACAUCGACAGUAUCAACGAGGAGGCGGAAGGUGUCAAGGAGGAACUGAUCAAGGUGGAACAGGAGGUGAACAAGUGCAUGCAUCACAAAAAGCACUAUGAAGACAAGCGCAGCGGUCACCUCCAAAACAUCCGGGAGCUGGAAGAAACACUGCAGAGCAAGGAGCAAGAAGUUCAGGUGAGCAUCACCAAAGCCCAACAGGUCUGUCCUGAGCGCCUCCAAGUUACACAGACGGCCCGGAGCCUGGAUGGGGCGAUGAACUCUGUCAAGGUGAAAAUCGCUACGAGGAAGCAGGUAGAAGGGGACCCGGAGCAGAUACUCAGAGAGUUGCAAGACACUCUGGCCAAGUAUAAGGACUUGGCAGAGCAGAUUAGAAGCUUCAUUCUGUUCUUAAAAAAACUGGACAUGGCCAUUAAACGAAGAGUUGCAUUUCAUGCAGAACUCCGCGGUUUUCUUUCGGCGCAUUGUAAGUAUAUCUUCAACAACAUGCUUUCGGAGAGAGGCUUCACAGGGAACAUCAACUUCAACCACGACAAAGAGACCCUCUCCAUAUCUGUGCAACCGGGAAGCAUGAGUGAAGGCGACACCGUCAACAUGCGCUCACUAUCAGGGGGUGAGCGUUCCUUUUCCACCGUCUGCUUCGUUCUGUCACUCUGGGAAAUCACUGACGCACCCUUCCGCUGUUUGGACGAGUUUGACGUCUAUAUGGACAUGGUGAACCGGAGGGCCUCCAUGGACAUGAUGCUGAAAGCGGCAGAGGCCAAGCGCAACGUGCAGUUUAUCUUCCUUACGCCGCUCAGCAUGAGUUCUUUUCCAAAUGCAGAUCUCAUCAAAAUAUUCCGUCUUAAAGAUCCGCAAAGAGGCGAAGAAAAUGCAGAUGAAGCUCAAUCCUAAUGCCUGUUAUAAUGUGUUAGGGAUUUGUAAGUUGAGUGCCUGCCAUUGACGCCGAUAGAUGUCCAAUCCCUUUGAACUGGGAGGGUUGGCGGCGAAUGAACAGUCAUUCACUGUCAGCCCUCCCAGUUCACACGGAUUGGAAGUCCAACACUGACAAACUCAUUUAAGUUCACAACACAAGAAUAAAAGGAGCCAUUUGAUCGGAUUUCUAUCGUUGUCAGUGGCAUUGAAAGACUUCAAAGGAGUUUGAAAAAAAAAAAAGUAUGUUCUUUGUUCUGCACAACUGUUUGCACUUUCACUUUAUGGACACGUUCUAAUGUCUGUAUUGUUUACUCAUUUGGCUGCCAUUGGCAAUAUCUGUCCUAUCCAUUUAACUCGGGGGAUUGGCAGUGAUCAUUCUAGAGGACUUCCAAAAAAUCAAUUAUUACAUGUGACGAUUCGAUUACGAUCCAUAAAGGGUCAAAAACGAUGAUUUUCCCUCAUAACUUUAUGACAGCCCCUCGUAGCGGAACAAAAUUCAAGACACGUCUGCCGCCCGGACACCUUAAACGCACGCACGCACGUUAUAAUGGAUGCUGCCUGUAACUGAGUGAGAGAUUUAGUCUUUUUCAAAAGACUGGAAAAUAAAUUUGUGUAUGAGACAGGCAGGCAAGCGCUUCUGUGCGCACGUUAUUUUUUGGAGCGAGAGGGGAUAUAGUUUGUUGCUCCUCAUCUUUCAGAUGUCCAGCUGUAGCAGGGUCCCACCAGAAUUGAUAAAUCUGAAUUCAAAACUUUUAAGACCUUUUUAAUGCCAUUUCAACUGAAAAUUAAUACUUUUCUUGCACCCACUAUUUAGAUCAUAUUGAAUCAUAUUAAAUAAAGCACUGAACAUCAAAUUUAACCUCAAUUACUAAGUGUGUUUGACAAAAGAAUACACAUAUAUUGAAGAUACAAUUAAAACUCAUUUAAAGUAACAAAGUCUGUCAGAAUAUUUUUAAACACACACACGCACACAAUAAUUAUGGACAAAAAGAGGAGGAGGACAGGACUCAGACCAGCCAUCUUCUGUAACAGGCUAGCCGCGAGUGCACCUGCCAAGACCCCAGUGAACAUGGCUACAGUAGUUUCAAGUCAUGUCAAUUGAAACAUGUCCUGAGUGUGUUGCUAAGACCCGUGUGUGUCUACAAGAAGUGAGUACAUUAACCCUCUUGUACUGUUUAGCCUUUAUUGUUGUUUUUGAGGUGUUAGCUAAUUAGCUUAGCGCUAACUAUUAACGUGUAUUUCAUAUGCAGAACGUGUAAAACCAUGAUUAAGUACAGCGGUAACACUACAAACAUGCGAAAUAGUACAGAAAUCUGUGAAAUUAAAGUAUAUUAGUUAAAAGGCUUUUUCUAAAGACACUGUUUCCAGAAAAUGUGGAAUUCAUUCCACCUGUGUAAAUUUUAUUGUAUUGUUGAGUGAAAUAAGUACUUCCUUUAAAAUGGUUAAUGUUUUUGCACUUUCUUGUAAAAACACAUAAAAAAGCAGCUUAAGGGCAGUUUUUGUUGUAUGGGCAUGUUUCCAUCUUUCCUGUUGAAUCAUUAGGAUAUUUUAAAUAAAUAAUGGACAAAAAAAUUUUUGGCCACUAUAUUAGUGAUGUAUGAUGCAUCGAUAAUCGUGAUAACCGUGAUCAUCAUUCAAGAAUCGAAUCGUAGCCCCCUGAAUCGUAAUCGAAUCGUGGGGUGUCUAAGAUGGCACACCCCUAGAUCGUUCUAUGAAACAUUACAAUAUGCUGCCAGCCUUCCUAUUCCAAAUGGGUAUAAAUGUUCAAAUAUUUUUCAUCCCACUUUACCUGUUACUAGGCAGACCCUAUGACUGCCUCAAAUUUCCAAUAAUAAAAAACAAUGUUCUAGCACUAACUACAUCUACUUUUUGUUGUAGGGCGAGUAAAUGGGUCUGAAUUGUAAUUGUAACCCAUACAUACAUUUUUUUGAUGCGUAGUAAUUAUGCUAGCCUGUUACUAGACAGACUUUUUAGAGCCCUGAAAGCCACUGGUUAAAGUCCUUUAUACACCUCGCCCAUGAGCGGUCAUUUUUGUUUAUGUAACCCUUUGGUACCUGAAUGAACAUUUAAGAAAUGUACAUCAAAAAGCUUUUGGGGAAUAUGGGCGCGAAAGAAAAUAAAAUUGGGAAAUUCUGGGAAAAAAAUAUAUAUAGGAAAAUAAUUUUUAAAAAUUGACAUUUAAGACUUUUUUUUUUUUUUUUUAAUCUUUCAGCUAAUCCAUGCGUUCAUUCAUUUCCCAUGCCGCUUACUUUUAACUUUUUUUCUUCAUUUAUAAUAUUUUCUCAUUUUUAUCUGUAUGUUAAAUGUCUUUUUUUAAAUUAAGUUUUUUUAUGUAUUCCUCCAAUUCUUUAUAUUUGCUGAAUGUCAAUUCAGUCAUCAAGGGGUUUUCUCCAUCGUAUAUAAGAGGGCACAAUUCAAAUGGAUUGGACGUCUAUCGCCGUCAUUAGCUUGCAAUGAUUUUAAAGUCUUUUCUUAAUUUAACACAGUAUUCUGCCGCCCCCUAGUGUGCAAUAGAAACAAGCUUUAGCGUGAAGUAGAAUGUUGUAUGUUGAAGCGGUAUGCAAUGUUUAGAGAUGUCCCGAUCCGAUAUUUGGAUCGGAUCGGACGCAGAUAUGGGCAAAAAAAUGCGUAUGGGAUCGGCCGACACGGAAAAAUUCCGAUCCAGACUUUCGAUCCAAUUUUUUUUUUUUUUUUUUUUUUUAAAGGUCCGGUCCAGGUUUUCCAGUGCACACAUUUCCCUAAAGUCCGGUCCGCAUUUUACGGCACACCUUCAACACACUACAUUACCGUCUCCCGAUUUACCGGGAGACUUUAUCAGUAAAAAUAUCAGCUGUGUGGGAUCAUUUCACCUUAAAGGACGACAAAGACAAAGAGGCAGAGCGCAACACAUGCCAAAAUAAAGUCAAGCGUGUUGGUAGAGCUGUAAGAAGUUUUUAUUCAACCAACCUAAUCAAGCAUUUAGCGAAAUACCACCACAAACAAUAUAAGGAGUUUGUUAAGAAAACCGAAGACAAAAAGAAAGGUCCUACGCAACUAACACUGGCAGAAACUUUUGCUAUGCAAGUAUGCAUGACAAACUGGCACUCGACAGUCCCAAACCCCAGGGAUUAACAAGAAUCGAAGAAUUCAUUCUGGUUGAUGAGCCAUUAUCUCUAGUGAGUAAAGACGCACCAUCCAUGCCCAGCCGUUAUUACAUCCAUGAGCGAUUCGGCCGUGGAAGAUUCGAGAACGGUUCACAAACAUCCAAAUUCCGAUUAUUGAAAUAUGUUGAGUAAAGCGGAACUAAUACACAGCGCGGUCUUCGGGACGCAAUGAGAAACGGACCGCAUUGCAUCCUGAGAGUAAACGUCAUGCUUGUCGUAGACCCGGGUAAUGCCACUGCUCAACUCACGGCUUUAGCUCAACUCAUGCCGCUGGAUAAAAAACACAAGAAUACCUGACUGCUGCUGACAGCCGCUACAAACUACGUCAACAUCGUUUAACUGUAGAUAAUAGAUAUCAUAUGUAUAUAGAACUAGAUGCAAAAUGACAGUCUCAACGGCGUUAACAACAUUGAAGUAUAGAAAACUACAUGUGUAAGUAAACGGCCACCAUCUUAAAGCAGGAGACUUCCCUAGUAGGCUGUUGUGAACCUUCCAAGCGUACCUAAUUAACUUUUUAUCUAAAAUACUCCUAAAUUGGCAAAAUCUUGACUUGGCUCUAUCUUCAAAACAGUUUUAAAACGUUCACAUGUUAAAAGUAGACAGAAGGGAAAUUAUGGAAUAACGAGAGCUAUUUUAACAACGUUAACGGUUGAUUCGCAAAAUUAAAUGAAUGUAGUUUAAAGCUGCUGAUACAGAAUGGGGACUUGAGUAUUUUAUUUGCUGUUUUAAAAUGUUUACUUCAUACUGAAAUAGUCGUUUAUUUAAACCUGAGAGGCUUUUUAUACAAUUAUUGUAACUAAUGCACGAAACAUUAAAAGUAUCUAAUAGCUUGG